UAGUAGUUCUCCCUAUCACUGUGAACUCCAGAUAUAAUCUGAAUUACCUCUCAGGGUUAAUACACUCACUGCCAGCCUGACUCAGAGACUUGUAGUUUUUGAGUUUAUACUCGAUUCAGCAGCAUUGGUCAUCCUGCAAUACCAGGCUCACUUUCCAUCUGGCAGUUCUCAGCUCGAGAAUUUUCACAGGAAAGUGAGACUAGUGUUUGGAGCACAUUCAACAGGGCGGAUUAUUCUGAAUUCCUGAGCAGCAAACUAUUCUGCGGACUGUGAAAAUGUUCGUUCACCCAUGGACAUUGGAAUGCCAAGUGGAUCUUUCAGUUGCACUCAUUUUCCCUUUAAUUUCUCAUAAAUGUUCACCUGAUUCCCUCUGCUAACACAGCCCACCGCAGGUUGCAGGGAGGAAGCGCCGGCGCUCGGGGGCGCUCCCUGUUUUACCGGGGCUGUCCACGACGUCUCGGACCUUUCUCCGCCGAGAGGGAACCGCUCAGCAGCUCGCUACUAUGAAGGGAAAGCUGCGGGGACUCUUCGUGCGUUUGGAUUUUUAUUGUUGCAAAACCUGGACCAAAUACAUGAAGAAGUAAGUUAUUGAAGUGAAAUAAGGUGCCAGAAUAGUUCACCUGUCUCACUACCGUCCCCAGAUCGCAAGAAAAAAAUCUAAAGGAGAAAUAAAAAGGUAAGAGGUGAGAGAACGGAAUAUAAUUUUUACAGAUAUGAACACCGAAUGACUUUAACAUUUGGUCAUUAUUCUUAAACUCUGAAGAAGUUUACUACUCUUGAUGGAGUUUCUACACUGAACUGAACAAGUCCAGCAUGCAUCAGCUUUUAAGUGUGGUGCUGGGUCAGAGGGAUCUAUCUCGAGCUGGAGAUCUGUUCUCUUUGGAUGAUACUGAAAUCGAAGAUUGCCUGUCAGAAGCUCUUGAACAAAUAAGAGAAAUAUCUUCCUCACCAGACUAUCUCACCAAUGACAAUGAUCAGGCAGUGGUAGAAAUCUGCAUUACUCGAAUCACCACUGCCAUCAGGAAGACAAAAUCUAUUGAGAACCAUGGAAAGGCUCUGGUAACAUUGUGGGAAUCUUGCUUGGAGCAUAAUUUGAAACCAGUCAGUAAGGAUGAAGACACUCCACAUGCUAAAAUUGUUUCUGAUGUGAUGAGCUGCAUCUUUCAAAACUACAGUAAUCCAACAGUAAUGGCUCUUGCUGUCCCUGUCGCAGUGAAAUUCCUGGAGAUGGGUAACAAAGAACUCUCCCGGAACAUGUCUAAUUAUCUCUCACUUGCAGCCAUCGGCAAACCAGAGAUCCUGGCAAAGCAUGCAGAAACAAUUGUAAACAGUGUGCUUCAAGGGAAUUCUUUGUUGCUGCGGGUUUUACCGUCAGUCUAUGAGAAGCAGCCGGGACCCAUUAACUGCCACGUAGCGGAGUUGGUGCAACUCAUGCCACAGCUGGAGCCUCCUGAACAGCACCAUCUUCUACAACUUCUGCAAAUGAUAACAAAGCAGUGUCCUCAGGUAUUAAAUGAAUCCAUUUCAUCUCUGAUUAUCCAACUGAAAGAACCCAGCCAUAGUGACCUUAUCACCAAUAUGUUGGUGGACCUGGUAACUUCCAAUCAAUGUGUCCUGGACAAUUCCAUUGAAGAUCUGAAGGAAAUUGCUGAGAAUUACCCAACUCUCUUAGGACAGAUCGCCAAAGUAUUUGGAGUUAUAGGCUGUAUUAAUGAGGAAAAGGCGAGAAGCUGCCUGGUUUAUCUGGUGACUCAACUAGCAAAUAUGGAGCAUUGUUAUCAUCAUAUGCUGCUACUAGAGAUUAAAACCAUCACUGACACAUUUGGCAACAUUCUUGGAGCUCAGAGUAAAGACAUUUACUGCAUCAGUAACAGCUUCACAGCAAUUGCCAAACUUCUUGUCAGGCAUCUGGAGAAAGACGUCACUCCAACUAGAAGAAUAGUAACUAACGGAGAAGGAGAACCUGUCACAGAUUCCCAGAUUGAAGAGUGUCUCGUCGAUGAAAGCUCAGGAAUUGAGACACUCCAAGUGAAGAGACGGGUCUUUGAGAAAAAGAUGACAAAUGAAAACAGGGCGUCAGGUGGCAUCCGUCGAUACAGCCUGGGCCAGGGGUCCAGAGAAGAAUGGAAAGCAAUGCGAUUUAACAGGUCCAAAAGUCUCGCUCUUCAUGCAAUGCACACAAAGUUAUUAAGCUGUGAAUGUGAUGAGGGAGAAAACGGAGACAUUAAGACAGCUAUCACAUACUCAGACAGAUCACUCAGUGAAGGCAGUGUCAAACAACUUUUGUGUCAAGAGCCUGAUGAACAUAAGCACCAAUUGCUGUCUCUCUCUCAUUGCAAUAUUGCCUCAAAUGACACCAGAAAUGCCUGUGGUACUGUUGAGGACAAUGAUAAGCGAGGUAGUGCAGGAAGUCUGGUGCGUCACUCAGAAGCACAGGAUCAACUCUCUCUGUAUCUCAAAGGACAUAUCAAUGCUGUAAAGUCGUGCUUUUCUGAGAUGGUGAAGAGAAUCCCUGUCCCAGAUGAGUGUAUUAUCGAAGGUUCCAUCAAUGGAUGUUUAGCAAAAGUACUCUUCAGCUGUCCACAGAAAGGAUUUUACUGCCUGUAUAGUAAAUCCAGCUUCAUCCUCAACACUGAUCAGCCUCAGCUUUGGAUCUACAUCCUGUUUCUUUCCCAACAGAGCUAUUCUGCAAAGCCCUUAUCUACCCAGGAUGCAUCAGUACAAGUUCUUAAAGCACUGUGGGAAAAGGCACAGUUAAAGGGAACACACAGCUUUGAAACAGCAAUGAUCCAGACAAUUCACUAUAAGAAGGAUUUGGACAGUCUGCAGAUGCAUCUUGCGGAAGUGAGAUUUUUUGAUCUGUUCGGCUAUAGUGAGGAAGUAGGAAUGUGGCAGUGUUUCAUGUGUAAUAAUCCUGACAAAGCAACAGGACUUCACACCUCCAUUGAUGUGACUAAUGACCUUCUCAUUAUCUCUAUGACUCUCAGGCUUUGUCCACACUAGACCGGAUAAUUUUGAAAAUGGCGGUUUUGCGUAAGAACGAUAGGCGUCCACGCUAUGCAUUUUUAAAAAUAUCUAUCCACAUUGAAAUGAAGAUUUUGUCGAAUCUCCGCCUACUGCGCAUGCGUGGGACACAUCUACCCAAACAAGCAACAUGUUUGGUGUUGAAUCUCGCCGUAAAAGACAGUGCGUGUUUGUUCAGUUACAAACUAGAAAAACUUAAACCACGGGCAGCUCACGCAGGAAAAAUUAGAAGUAAAAAAAAAACAAACACUGAAGCGUAUGGAGGCAACCAACAGGGAGUUCACGGACUGUAUGACCCGGCUGAUGACGAACAUUGAAAAAUUGACUAACUCUGUUGUAUUAAUAAAGCACCUUGUUAAAUGUAUAAAACAUGUCUGCAUCAGUGUUAUCUUGUAUUUCCAUACAAUGUUACAUUAGGCUGUUACACAUCUAUUGUCAGAGAAGUACUUGCAUAAAUAGGUAAACCACCUUCACACGAGCAAGGACAGAAAACAGGGCAAUGUGAGUAUACUUAUUUAUUCAGUAAGUUAUGGGUCAAAGAUUUUGGUGAGUACACUUCUAACUCUUCUGGCUUCAGUCUCGUUGCCGUCUGUUCUGAAAUUGUUAGGUUGUGUUCAAGAAAACAAUGAAAUGGCGAUCUAUCGUCUGAUAGCGAUUUCAGAUUUCUCCAGUUACCCCGUCCACACUGAUCUGCCCGAGCAGUGUUUUCAAAAAUACCCACCCUGCCUGAAAACCUCCGGUUUUGGGGGACGAAAACUCCGUUUUAGUGUGGAUGGAGGGUAAAAACGAAGAGAAAAAGCUUCGGUUACGGAUUUAUCCGGUGUAGUGUGGACGUAGCCUCAGGUGAUUGCCAUACCUUUAAACAAUACACAGAGUUCAUAAACCGGAAAACUACCUGCUAUGGAUCAGAGCUGAAAAGGCCUCUCGGAUGAGUGGCGAAACAUCUUUUAGGCAACACAGCAAAUCCAGUUGCCUUGAUUCACAACUGCUUGAUAUACAAUGACCUAAUGAUUGAGAACCUUCGUAGACAUAUUAAAAAUAUUACAUAAAACAACUCUUAAGGUAUAGGUAUAAGCUGUAUAUGUAAUGAAAAUGGAUUUUGUGUUUAGACUUAGGGCCCAUCUCCAGGCUAGCUCAUUGUACAGCCGCAAGUAUUUAAAAUACAAAAUGCAACCUUUCUGGCCCCAAGCAUUUUGGAUAAGGGGUGCUCAAACCGUAGUUAGUUCUUGUAGAAAUGAUAUAACAAUGAAUUUCAGAUCUUUUCCACAGAUGAUAAAUUUCCUGCUAUCUCUUUUAUUACAACAUAUAUUCCAAAUAGUUAAUAGUCUGAGAAGCUUAAUCUCCCCAUUGUAAUAUACCCUCUUGGAAGCUGCAACUAAGUGAUUGUUGGCUUCUGUAUGUUUGAGGAUAAGUAACAAAGCAAAUUAAUUAGGACCUCCUUAUGCUUUGAUGCUUAAAAUAUAUCUGAUGUUGUGUAUUCCAAAACACUGAAAUAAAUCUAAAUGAAUUAUUUCUAGCCUAGUUCAUGUUGGCUUAGGUUUUGUAGCAAAAAUAAGAAUAUAAAACGUAGGAGCAGAAAUAGGCCAUUUGGCCCAUCGAGUGUGCUGCACCAUUUCAUCACAGCUAAUCCAUUUACCUCUCAACCCCUUUCUCCGGUCUUCUCCCCGUAACCUUUCACGGCUUGACUGAUAAAGAACUUAUCAGCCUUGCCUUAAAUACAUUGAGUGACCUGGCCUCUACAUCUGCCUGUGACAACGAACUCCACAGUUUCACUGUCCUCCAGCUGAGGAAGUUCCUCCUCAUCUCUAUUCUAGAUGGAUGUAGCUCUAUUUUGAGGCUGUACACUUUGGUACUAGACUACCCACCAAAGGAGCAUCCCCUUCACAUCCACUCUAUCAAGGCCUUUCAACAUCCAAAGGGUUUCAGUGAGAUUUCCCCCACCCCUCCUUCUGAAUUUCAGCAAGUACAAGCCCAGAGCCUUCCAUCACUGUUCAUAUGAUAACCCUUUCAUUCCCAGAAUCAUUCUCAUGAACCUUCUCUAAAACCUCUCUAAUCCCUCAGAAAUCGGUCAGGGUCUAUCCAAACCAGAAACCCUGGAAUAACAGUUCCGUGAGAGCAGCACUUAUUGCACGACACAGAGCUUACAAAGCCAGUGAACUCAAGAGAUGCAGCUACGAUCUGUGUAAAGCCAUCAAGGCAGUGAAAUGACAAUACAGGGACAAGAUCCAGACACAACUCUCCACCAACAACACACACAGCUUAUAGCAAGGUCUGCACACCAUCGCAGACUUCAAAGCUAAAUGCAGUGGAGUAUCUAACAUUGCUACCUGUCUCACAGAUAAGCUAAAUCUUUUUUAUGCUUAAUUCGGUGCUGCCCACACUAAGCCCCUUCCUGAUGAAGUGUCUCGGCCCAAAACAUUGGCUACUCUUUUCUCACGGAUGCUGCCUGACCUGCUGAGUUCUUCCAGCAUUGUGUACGUAUUCUCUAAGCCCCUAGGAAGAGCUCCUGAAGCGACCAGCAGCUUGGUCAUCUCUG